UUUUUUAUCAUUAGAUUAUCGCGGAAGUCGAGCCCUAUCGAGUUCUUGCAACAUUUUUCAUAUCAUCACCGCAAAAAUGGGGUCUUCCACGGCUUUGACGACUAAGGCGACCUCCGGCACUCCCUACCAGCUCGACAAGAGCCAGGUCUCGCGAGCAUCCGCAGCACUCCUGCGCCACAUCAAGACGACGCAGCUGGAGCGGGAGAAGAACGCGACCAAGAAGACGCUGAUCGGCGACAACGACGAGGAGUCCGAUGGCGAGCAGGCCCCGCUCAACAACGAGGCCGUGUGGCUCGUCCUCACGACCAAGAAGCACGUGGUGGACAAGAACCGGCUGAAGCCCGGCAAGAUCCUGAUCCCCCACUCGCUCAACACCAAGUCCUCGCUCAGCGUCUGCCUGAUCACCGCGGACCCCCAGCGCGCGGUCAAGAACAUCGUCGCCGACCCGUCCUUCCCCCAGCCCCUGGCCGAGAGCAUCGACAGGGUCAUCGGAUACACCAAGCUGAAGGCCCGCUACAACAGCUUCGAGAAAUGCCGCCAGCUGCUCGCCGAGCACGACGUCUUCCUGGCCGACGACCGCAUCAUCAUGCGCCUGGUCCAGACCCUCGGCAAGACCUUCUACAAGUCCAGCAAGCGGCCCAUCCCCGUCCGCAUCGCCGCGAUCGAGAAGGUCGACGGCAAGCGGGUCAAGAAGGACGACAAGACGAAGCGGAGCAAGGACGAAGGCAGCGCCUUCGCCGCCCCCAACAUUGUCGCCAGGGAGAUCGAGCGCGCGCUGCACUGCGCCCCUGUGCAGCUCGCCCCGGCGACCACGGCCGCCAUCCGCAUCGGUGCGUCCAACUUCACCGCCGAGCAGCUCGCCGAGAACAUCGACGCGGUCGUCACGGGCCUGACGGAGAAGUACGUGACGAAGGGUUGGCGCAACCUCAAGGCGAUCCACAUCAAGGGCGCCAACACCAUGGCCAUGCCCAUCUGGCUGGCCAGCGAGCUGUGGCUCGAGGAUGAAGACGUCGUCGAGGAGGGUGCCGAGGAGACCAAGGCCGUUGCCGGCGGCAAGAAGCGCAAGCAGAUCAGCACGGGUGACGAGGAGAAGCAGCAGCAGCAACUCGAGGCCCCCAAGAAAGCCAAGAAGGCCAAGGCUACUGAGGAGGACAACGAGGAUGCCGUGACGCUGGCGGCGAGGAAAGAGAAGCUCCAGAAGCAGAAGGCUAAGGCGCUGGAAGAUGGCGCGGCGCCUACGAAAACCGAGGCUGGCGCUGGCAAGAAGAAGAGAAAGUCGACCUCAUAAUUGUCCUAUGCUUCGAACUCUCACUCAAUCAAGUCUAUACCUCCGGUGUUGUUUCGAUUUCCACGGAUUUGUAUCUGAAUAAGCAAUGGGUUGUUCCUGUCUACCGGCGCUGUUUUACUGUUUUGCUUUGUCUUCCAUCUGUCACUAUCUCUAAAUUUAGAGUAUUUUUUUUUCUCUCAUAUCAGGGCGUGUACCUCAAUACCCCUUGGACGAAUAAAAAGCAAAAGUUCUGUACAUGCAGUGGUGUGGGAAGCCUACCUUACG